AUGUGUAGUGACUUUGAGGAAGAUCCGAUAGAUACGCUUAAUUGGUCGGAUUUUCUUCCAUAUCAUCCAAUAUUUCAUACAAAUGAAGUAGAACAGUUGGAAAAUGGCUCAUCGAAAUCAUACGAAAAUACACCAAGAAAACAAUCAUGUUUAACUGCUUCAAUUAGUAAAAACCUUAUAGUGGUUGUAGGUUCUGAGAUAAGAGUCUUGAAUUUAAUGGAAUUCAAGUAUGCUUGGCGUCAGGCUGCCGAGCGUGAUGAAUUAGGUCAAGAUGAUAUUGACGAUGGAGAAUAUUUACCUGAAUGGAUUAAUAAUGUUAAAUAUGUAACUCUCGAUACACCUUAUAUAACAUAUAAUAUAAGAUCAAUUACUGUCAAUUUCAAAGAAAAAGGAACUUUAAUUGCUGUUGCUGGUGAUUAUGAAGUGUCUGUGGUAGUCAUGCCAAAAUCUACUUCUUUUUCAGCAUAUUACAAAAUAGGUACUUAUUAUCAUGUUGUCGGAUCAAGUCCUAUAGCAAAAGUUUUAUGGCAUCCUAUGAGUGAGUCCGGCUCCCAUCUAGUAGUUUUAACUGAGGAUAUGAAAUUAAGAAUGUACAACGUUCUCGAGGAUGUCAAUGAACCAGAACAAGUAUUCUGUUUCUCACCGACUCCACAAAAUGAAUUCGUGUCAUUUAGUACUGAAUCCACCAAAGCAGUAUCAUUUUGCUUUGGGCAAGGUCAAGAAGGAUGGGGUAGUUUUAUAGUUUAUGUUGUAACCGAUAGCGGUGAUAUAUAUUCGAUGUGCCCCGUUGUUCCGAACAAAUGUAUUUGUAAUAAAGUUUUCCUCGAUCAACUUGCAUGCCUUAUCUCCAAAAAAUAUUCUGAAGUUGAAAAAUUAGUAGUUGAGCAUAAAGUAAAAAAUUGUUAUAAUUUACUCAAUCAGUAUCGACGACAAUUUGAAUGGAUGUCUGCUAUUUAUAAACAAAUCGGGAAUAGCGAUUCGAAUAAGGUCGUGUUCAGUCCCCCAGCAAUCGGUCGACAAUCAAUUCAAUUACAGGGUCCGUAUUUCAUACAACCAACACCAUGGGAAUUAUCAGCACAUAUGACAGAUGCUAGUGAUAUAAUUUGCUUGGGAACACAACCGGUUAACGUUAUCGUGAUAGCGUUUAACAAUGGUCGAGUAGAUGUUUGUCUUGAGGUUGAUCGCGUGGAAGCCUUGUGGAAAAUUGAUGGUGCAUUGGACAUUGAUAAUCCGACCCUAAUAUUAUAUGAAUGUAUAGAUCUUGGUUUCAUAAAAAAUUUUGUCGUCCCUACUUCAUGGCGAAGCCAACGAAUAACAAACUCUAUGAACAAUCCAAGUCUGGUGCAGGAUCCAUUUUAUGCAGAUACAUUUUAUGUAUACCAUUUUGCGGGUGUUCAUGGCAUAGUUCUUAAAGGUUGGUUGGAUGAUUUGAACGAAAUAAUGAAAAACGUUGAAGAUGAAAUGGCAAUGGAAGACUUUUUGAAGAAAAACAGAAAGUCUGAUGUCAACUGGAUUGCUGGAACUUUACCAAGUGAUCCAGACCCUCUUAUUGGAUUAUCAGUGAUGAGCGAUGUUCAACUCUCUUAUGCAUUGUUAAUGAUUUCAUCUACUCUACAAUUGAUUUACCAUGAAUUAUCAAUCAGAAAAGUAGAAAAAAUGGAUGAUCUUUAUCGAUACAGAUUUGAAAAUGAUGUUGAAAAUCACAUAAGAAACAAUUCUGAUUUAACUCAUCGUUUCCCUGAAUCAUUGAUGAAAUACUUAAAUUACCAAGGCCUUAUGCGUCAGCCAAAACUUGUUUUACCACGUGUCCCACAAAAGACGGGAGGGGCUGGUGAUGAGAUUGAUACACAAUUCCUUCAAUCAGUAAUGGAUAUUAUACAACAUGAAAUAUUUGAAAUGAAGGAAGCAAUUAAGGCUCUUUGUUCAAGAGUCGGAGAUCAAAGCAUAGAGUUUAAAAAACGUCAGAUCACCGAUCUUGCGCGUAUUCGUGAAUGUUUACAUGAUUUUACUGACAAAAAAUAUCCAGAGUUAUUGGACCGUAUGCGAUAUCUGAGGAACAAUCAAGUAUAUCUUGAAUGUAAAGCUGAUACUAUCCUUCAGAAAUUAAUGUAUCAGAAUGAUCCUAUACCUGGUGAAUCUGAACUACAGUAUUAUGAGGCUUUAGAAAAGAUAAAUGAUGCCCUCAAAGGUGGAAAUGGAUUACGUGUUAAAAUCAAACAGCUUGAGACGCGUCAUAUGACACUUAGUCAAGAUUACCGGCUUUUAUCGCCCAGGCGUUCCCUUAGACAAUCAAAGCAAUUCGUUAUUUUGAGCGGAAGUCAACUUAAUAAAGUGGAAAAUGCUCUUAAUAAAGAAAUGGAUCUUAUCGAUGAAACUACACGUAAGAUCGAAGAGACACAGGAAAAAUUAAAAAGGGUUUGUGAGGCAAAAUCAAAGGCUUAA